CUUAAUAUGGGGAACCUUCUUAAAGUUUUGACAUGCACAGACCUUGAACAGGGACCAAACUUUUUCCUGGAUUUUGAAAAUGCUCAACCUACAGAAUCAGAAAAGGAAAUUUACAAUCAAGUAAAUGUAGUGUUAAAGGAUGCAGAAGGAAUCCUGGAAGACUUACAAUCGUACAGAGGAGCUGGACAUGAAAUACGAGAGGCGAUACAGCAUCCCACCGACGAGAGACUGCAAGAGAAGGCGUGGGGUGCAGUUGUCCCCCUAGUGGGCAAACUAAAGAAAUUCUAUGAAUUUUCUCAGAGGCUAGAAGCUGCUUUACGAGGUCUCCUUGGGGCCCUGACUAGCACGCCAUAUUCUCCUACACAGCAUCUGGAGCGAGAGCAGGCUCUUGCUAAACAGUUUGCAGAAAUCCUUCAUUUCACGCUUCGGUUUGAUGAGCUGAAGAUGACAAAUCCUGCAAUUCAGAAUGAUUUCAGUUAUUAUAGAAGAACCUUAAGUCGUAUGAGAAUCAACAAUGUCCCAGCAGAAGGGGAAAACGAAGUAAACAAUGAAUUGGCCAACAGAAUGUCCUUAUUUUACGCUGAAGCGACACCGAUGUUGAAAACCUUAAGUGAUGCCACAACAAAAUUUGUUUCAGAGAACAAGAAUUUACCUAUAGAAAACACCACAGAUUGCUUAAGCACCAUGGCCAGCGUUUGCAGAGUUAUGCUGGAAACCCCGGAAUACAGGAGCAGGUUCACAAACGAGGAGACCGUAUCCUUCUGCCUGAGGGUAAUGGUGGGUGUUAUAAUCCUCUACGACCAUGUGCAUCCAGUGGGUGCUUUUGCAAAAACUUCAAAAAUUGAUAUGAAAGGAUGCAUCAAAGUUCUCAAAGACCAGCCUCCAAACAGCGUAGAAGGCCUUCUAAAUGCUCUCAGGUACACAACGAAACAUUUGAACGAUGAGACUACCUCCAAGCAAAUUAAAUCUAUGUUGCAAUAACAGUUACCUGCCAGGUGUGUUCCUGCUGUAAACAGUAUUCUGCAAUGACUGAGAUGCACAGAUUUUUUUUUUAAAAAAAAAGUGAUUGCAACUACUUAUCUUGUUCAGUCUUGCUUUUGACUUUCUUUCCCCGUGUCCUCUCUUCCAUUAAAAAAAAAAAUCACGUUCUUGUC